AUGUCCACCGUCCCAUCCAGUUUGGCCUUUCUCUCCUGGGGCACCACCACGGGUCUUGUCUACACCGCCGCAACAAGCGGUGUCGUUGCUUGGCUGAGCUACACUGGCAACGAGCUCACUCCGGUGGGCCAGCUUGAUCCCACGCAAUACCAAGUGGAAAAUGCCAUUCUGAUCAACAAAAAGGUCACCGUCGAGGCUCAUCCUGGCAAGGUUGCAGCAUUUCAUUACUUUGAGCCAUCAGGCCUCCCUGGACAGGAUUUAUACCAAAUUCGCUUAUUCUACAUCCAGAAAACACUGCCGUCAGACGCCCCUGGCGUCGCAAAUCAAAUCAGGCUAGUCUGUUAUACUCAGACCGUCACUGACUUCAAGGGAGGGAAAAAGUCCGAUUGGUAUCGAUCUCCGACUUUCGAUGACAAAAAGCUCAUCGCCACCGCGGACUCGCCACUCACCGUGGCGUACGAUCUUAAUAUUGGAAUUGUCAGACUCUACUACAAGAAAUCUGGCGAGAACAAGCUGCGGGUUGUCUUCACCAAAGGCAAGCCCGAUUCGAAGGGGCAAGAUACGUGGAUCGAGAGGGUGGCUGCUGAUAAGUUUUGA